GAGGAGGCCGGGACCUGAGCCGGAGUGCGCGCCGCUGCCCAGCCCGGCCGCCCGGCGGCGCAGCUAGAUGGUGGCCCCGCGGCCCGCGCCGGCCCGGAGGCCCGCGCUCCCGCUCCUGCUCCUGCUUCUGCUCCUGCUGGCCGCCGCGGGAGGCCAGGAACAGGACCAGACCACCGACUGGAGGGCCACCCUCAAGACCAUCCGCAACGGCAUCCACAAGAUCGACACGUACCUCAACGCCGCGCUCGACCUGCUGGGCGGCGAGGACGGGCUCUGCCAGUACAAGUGCCGCGACGGAUCGAAGCCUCUUCCACGCUAUGGAUUUAAACCGUCCCCACCAAAUGGAUGUGGCUCUCCAUUGUUCGGUGUUCAUCUGAACAUUGGCAUCCCGUCCCUGACAAAGUGCUGCAACCAGCACGACAGGUGCUACGAGACCUGUGGGAAAAGCAAGAACGACUGUGACGAGGAGUUCCAGUACUGCCUCUCCAAGAUCUGCCGGGACGUGCAGAAGACUCUGGGGCUCGCUCAGAACGUCCAGGCUUGUGAAACAACGGUGGAGCUCCUGUUUGACAGCGUCAUACAUUUGGGCUGCAAGCCCUACCUGGACAGCCAGCGAGCCGCAUGUUGGUGCCGUUAUGAAGAGAAAACAGAUCUGUAAGGAAGCCCUUGAAGCUGGUGGGCAGACGACAGUGAAGGACAAAGAACAUGCGUUUAUCGCCUGAAACCACCUCAUUUUUGGAAUAGGUCAUUGUAAGACCUUCCUAGACUGUGUUUUGAUUUUAAAGCCUCACAGUGAAAAGGAGUGGAGGGUGGGAAGAAGUAGAGAGAAGAGCAUGCUCAGGACUGGGAGUAAGUAGAGAGGACAGCAUGCUUGCCUUCGUGGACCUCGCUGUCAGUGGCUCCCCCAAAAUGGCAAGAAAAGCUUGAAGACUGUGUGACUUGGUUUUUAUAGUGUACUCUACAAUAAAAACGAGAGCAAAUGUAAAAUUCACUGUGAGAAUUUUCCAACAUUACUUUGAAAUAUAAAUAAUUAGACGUGUUAUUUACUUUGAAAUUUCAAAUAUGCACUUACGCCAAGAGGAAGUAACUACUGUUUCUCUAUUUUAAUUGUGCAUUAGGUGGUGUUUCUGUAGAGCCUUCUGAGAUAGGAUGCAUUGUGUUGCUAUGGUAACAAGGCUCCAAGUGUGCAUUGCUUAUACAGUUGGGACCGUCGGCUGGCACUUCUCUUCAGGGACAAUGCAGGACAUCUCAGUAUUGUGAUGUGAACAAUAUUAAGAAACACAACACUCCCUUUUUGCAAACAAGUUCUAACAAAUAUCUUUUGCUAUGAAUUCUAGAAAAGAUGGAAUUAGUGAGACAAGUCAGAGCACCAUAUGCUGUCAGGUUUGAUGCUUAGUCCCUAACACCUCUUCCUCAGCUUAUAUUCUGGAGUAUUUUUGAAAGAGCUCUUAAUAAAAGUUAUUCUUGAUAAUGUUU